AUGUUGACUAUCCCACUUCCGGACCAAACGGGGGGUGACAUUGAGACAUAUAACAAGAUCCGUGAUGCAGGAGAGAAGAUCUGUGCCAAACCAUCAAACAUCCAGUGCAGGGCUGAAAAUCACCCUGACCUCCGCCUUGACCAGGUUGGUCAAGUUGUCGAGUGUAAUGUUGACUCUGGACUGGUGUGCAAGAAUGAUGAGCAAAUUGGGAAAUUUAAGCAGUGCUUGAAUUAUGAGAUACGGGUGUUGUGCUGUGAAGUAAACCCACGUUGCCCGCCUACAACCAUCCCAACCACCACCACUCCCAAACCAACCACGACAGCUCCAGAAACAACCACCACCACACCAGUAACAACUACAGCACCAAAAACCACCACAACACAACCAACAACGACAACCACCACCACCACCACCACACCUCGGCCAGUAAGUACAACCACCUUGCCCACAACCACUCUGCCAGUCACCACCACAACAACCGAGACGACUACCACCUCUCCAGAAACAACAACUUGUGGACCUAUAUGUCAGUGGACCGACUGGUUUGAUGUUGACUAUCCCACUUCCGGACCAAACGGGGGUGACAUUGAGACAUAUAACAAGAUCCGUGAUGCAGGAGAGAAGAUCUGUGCCAAACCAUCAAACAUCCAGUGCAGGGUUGAAAAUGACCCUGACCUCCGCCUUGACCAGGUUGGUCAAGUUGUCGAGUGUAAUGUUGACUCUGGACUGGUGUGCAAGAAUGAUGAGCAAAUUGGGAAAUUUAAGCAGUGCUUGAAUUAUGAGAUACGGGUGUUGUGCUGUGAAGUAAACCCACGUUGCCCGCCUACAACCAUCCCAACCACCACCACUCCCAAACCAACCACGACAGCUCCAGAAACAACCACCACCACACCAGUAACAACUACAGCACCAAAAACCACCACAACACAACCAACAACGACAACCACCACCACCACCACCACCACACCUCGGCCAGUAAGUACAACCACCUUGCCCACAACCACUCUGCCAGUCACCACCACAACAACUGAGACGACUACCACCUCUCCAGAAACAACAACUUGUGGACCUAUAUGUCAGUGGACCGACUGGUUUGAUGUUGACUAUCCCACUUCCGGACCAAACGGGGGUGACAUUGAGACAUAUAACAAGAUCCGUGAUGCAGGAGAGAAGAUCUGUGCCAAACCAUCAAACAUCCAGUGCAGGGUUGAAAAUGACCCUGACCUCCGCCUUGACCAGGUUGGUCAAGUUGUCGAGUGUAAUGUUGACUCUGGACUGGUGUGCAAGAAUGAUGAGCAAAUUGGGAAAUUUAAGCAGUGCUUGAAUUAUGAGAUACGGGUGUUGUGCUGUGAAGUAAACCCACGUUGCCCGCCUACAACCAUCCCAACCACCACCACUCCCAAACCAACCACGACAGCUCCAGAAACAACCACCACCACACCAGUAACAACUACAGCACCAAAAACCACCACAACACAACCAACAACGACAACCACCACCACCACCACACCUCGGCCAGUAAGUACAACCACCUUGCCCACAACCACUGUGCCUGUCACCACCACAACAACCGAGACGACUACCACCUCUCCAGAAACAACAACUUGUGGACCUAUAUGUCACUGGACCGACUGGUUUGAUGUUGACUAUCCCACUUCCGGACCAAACGGGGGUGACAUUGAGACAUAUAACAAGAUCCGUGAUGCAGGAGAGAAGAUCUGUGCCAAACCAUCAAACAUCCAGUGCAGGGCUGAAAAUCACCCUGACCUCCGCCUUGAACAGGUUGGUCAAGUUGUCGAGUGUAAUGUUGACUCUGGACUGGUCUGCAAGAAUGAUGAGCAAAUUGGGAAAUUUAAGCAGUGCUUGAAUUAUGAGAUACGGGUGUUGUGCUGUGAAGUAAACCCACGUUGCCCGCCUACAACCAUCCCAACCACCACCACUCCCAAACCAACCACGACAGCUCCAGAAACAACCACCACCACACCAGUAACAACUACAGCACCAAAAACCACCACAACACAACCAACAACAACCACCACCACUCCCAAACCAACCACUACUGCUCCAGAAACAACAACCACAACACCAUUAACAACUACAGUACCCAAAACCACAACAACACAACCAACAACGACAACCACCACACCUCGGCCAGUAAGCACAACCACCUUGCCCACAACCACUGUGCCAGUCAGCACCACCACUACCGAGACGACUACCACCUCUCCAGAAACAACAACUUGUGGACCUAUAUGUCAGUGGACCGACUGGUUUGAUGUUGACUAUCCCACAUCUGGACCUAACGGGGGUGACACUGAGACGUAUAACAACAUCCGGGCUGUAGGAGGGAAAAUCUGUGCCAAGCCAUCAAACAUCCAGUGCAGGGCUGAAAAUUACCCUGACCUCCGCCUUGACCAGCUUGGUCAGAAAGUUGAGUGUAAUGUUGAUUCUGGACUGGUUUGCAAGAAUGAUGAGCAAAUUGGGAAAUUCAGGCAGUGCUUGAAUUUUGAGAUACGGGUAUUGUGCUGUGAAGUAAACCCACGUUGCCCACCUACAACCAUCCCAAUCACCACCACUCCCAAACCAACCACGACAGUACCAGUAACACCAACUGCCUGUUUCUGCAAGAUUAAUGAAACCAUUUACAGACGUGGUAAGUAACCAAUGUAGAUUUCUAUGGACUUUGCACAUCAUUUUUUACUUAAAAUUAUAAAAAUAAUAUUGCUUAUGGAUUCAUUUGCAUAUUUUUUCCACAUUUUUGCUAAACCCUUCUUUCUUUAAUACAGCCCAUUGUUCAUUAUUCUUUCAUUAUUUUGUGCUACUACUUUGUAUGUUAGAAAUAUUUACAGUCUAACUCUUUGAUUCCCUUUUGUAGGUGAUACGAUUUACAAUAAAACAGACAGUGAUGGUUGCCUUUUCACUGCUGUUUGUAGUAAAACAUGUUCUGUUGAGAGAUCCAAAGGUCCAUGCAAACUAACAACACCAAAACCCACUCCGACAGUUGUUGUCACAACCCCCACCCCCACCACUACCAUUGCCACUACCACUACCACCACUGAGCAACCUGGAUGCCCAGAUGCUAAACCACCCUUAAAGGUACCGAUCUCUUUUCAUCUUGAUUUGAAAUAAUGUUUUCCAUUUGGAAGUUGAUGCACAGAAAGCUACAGGUUGGGUACCUGGAAAUACUCAAUAGGGCAACAGGGAUUAGCCUUACUUCUUCGCAGUGCUUAUCUCUUGGCUGGUUCGUGGUUAGGUUUGCAUUCACCUGAAUGCUGUGUAGGGGUGUAACUCCAGUUAUCCAUGAAGUUUUACCAGCUCCGAACCUGAGUGCUCCAGUCCUGGGGGUGGGGACAUUUUCAAACUUUGUAUCAAGUGAGCCCUCUUAUUUGUGCAGUACAGGUGUGGGAAUAGUGGUGGAUUUUCUCUCUUUAUUGUGUAGGAAGAAAUUGCCUCUAGAUCAGUUCUGCAUGAUUCCCCCACAUGUCAUGACUUUGGGGGCUUUUAAUAUAAUAUUUGCUAAGGUGUUCCCACCCCCCAUGAUGAGGGUUUAGCAUGUGCAUUCAAAAAGUCCAAGCCAGAGGUGCUCUUGGGAAAUCCAGUAAAUGGGUUGCCUAGGUUGCCCAGUGACUAUCCAGGUAUUUUAAUAUCUGUCAUGUGACAAGCGGUUGUCGGGCUGAGGAGAUACAUAGGCUGAGGCUUCAUAACCAGGUGCCUGGAAGUGCUUGGACCUCACAAGAAUACUUUAGCAGGGGAAUGCCCAGACUCUGUGGCCUUGAGUGGCUCUGCUUGAUCCAGUGUAAAUCAGAAAUCAAUGCAAAUCAGAAGAAUUUGUUACGAUGCAUAUAAUGUGGUGAAAAUUAUGAUAAUCUGGACCAUUAACUGCCUAAUCAACUGCUUCAAACAAUCCCUCUCACAAUUCUCCUCUGCAAAUCUUAAUGUCACUUAGACUAUAAUCCAGUCCACACAUAGCUGGAAAUGUGUUUCAGUGGGACUUACCUCCAAAGAGGCAUUUACAGGACUACGUUGUUGUUAUUAUUAUUAACAGGGUAUUCUUGGAAAUUUGCUGAAUAUUCACCAAACAAUAUUUGUUAUUUAACUGUGCCGUGGUAGCUGAUAUGCAACAGUAUUUAAUAUUUAACAGUAUUUGCUAGGGGCCAAUGGGGCAGAAAAGGUAUGUGCAGUAGCCUGUGUUAAAAUCACUUGAUACAGCCUUGGAGGAGAUGUUAAACGAAACAAAAACAAACUAAGACAGGUGGAAUAAACCAAGGAACCAGAAAUUAUUUAUGACUUUGUACAUAGAACGUAAGUAAUUCAACAAAAAAUAUAGCAGGAUUAAGGAGUUUUGCAUAGUAGACCCAGACUACACAUGCCAAAAUUCAUAGAUAUGACUAAUAUAGGUCCAUUAAUUUCAAUGGGACUACUCUAAAGUUUAAUUGGAUACAACCCAAUGUGUUUUAUUAAUAAUAUUCAAUAACUGUCAUUCCAGUGGUGUAAAGGGCAGUAUUCAGCACACUCAUUCUGCCAGUGCAAUGACUUUUGGCUGCACAACAGUACUUUCCCUCCCUCUUCUCUUGCCAUACCCCUACCUGCUGACCUGGAGGGAUUUGGGGAAGGUGACCAUGGGAUGAGGAGAGGGUGUGUGCAAGUAGAAAUCCUUUCACUCAUGGAACACGUGCAUUGGAUACCACCGCAAAUAUUUGAUAAUGAUAGUUCAAUAAUAGGCAAUAGUGUUUAGUACUGGACAAUAUUUGACAGCCGGCAGCAUCAAAAUGACCAAGUGCUGGAGACCUUUAGCCCUCCAGAUUCUAUUGGGUUACAACUGCAACCAUCCCUGACCAUUGACCAUGCUAGCUGAUGGGAGAUGGAGUCCAGCAACAUCUUGAGAGCCACAGGUUCCCCAUCCUUGAUGUAGGUGCAAAGCUUCUAUGGUGAACCUCUGAUUGGUUGGUGCUGUAGAAAACUAGAUACCAGGAGAUUUCUGAAGUAGGAUGCAUUCACUUGUACAUGUAUAAAUGGUAUACAUAAGCAGGAACCAAAGAAGAAGUGCCUAUCAGUUAUAUAUAAAACUGUACAUAAAGCUUAGCUGGGUCUAACUGUAAGUGUCAGUGGCAACAAUGUCUUUCUCUUCACAGACUGGUGACAAAUGGGUAUCAAAUUGCACCGUAUCAACUUGUGAGGGAAACAAUAAAAUUUCUGUAAAGCAAGUACAGUGUCCACCAGUGAGGAAUAUUGUUUGUGAAAAUGGGUACCCACCAAACAAAGUCUUCAGUGAAGAUGGCUGCUGUUAUCACUAUGAAUGUGAAUGUGAGUGAAAAUAAAUCUCUAAAGAAGCACUCAUGACUCCGUUUUCAUGGUGCAAACAUUACCUCAAACAUACUCUUGUUUGAGUCAUUGUUUAUGCUUUUCUUAAAGUCUAACUUAAGUCCUAAUGGUUAACAUUCCCCCCCUCUAAUUUUUCAGGUGUUUGUAGCGGCUGGGGUGAUCCUCACUAUAUCACAUUUGAUGGAACGUACUACACUUUCCUGGACAACUGCACAUAUGUGUUGGUGCAGCAGAUUACACCUAAAUACGACAACUUCAGGAUUCUAAUUGAUAAUUAUUUCUGUGAUGCUGAAGAUGGACUUUCAUGCCCUCAGUCUAUCAUUGUUUACUACAAAACGUCAGUGGUAGUGCUAACCCGCAAACUCUUUGAUGGUGUGGAAGCUAACAAGGUAAAAAAAAAUAUGUACACUACUUGAAUUGUUUCUUUCAAUGUAUUAUUUUAUAGAAAAUGCAACAGGACUGAAGGAGCUAGGCAUAUUUACUUUAGUGAGUAAAGGGAAACCCAAGACAAAGCCCACACUCAAGAGAACAUGAUUAGCUAUGUCCAAGAAUUUUCAGUAGGUGUACUGUAUAGCAGCCUUUACUCAUCUGGUUCUGCCUGAGGUUUAUAGGGGUUAUAGUCCCUGGGUUACAUGAUGACUGAGUCUUCAGAUGAUGAACAUGCAUGGGUAAGCCUGUCCUAUAUUUCUACCCCCAUUUGAGAAAUCAGAAAUUUACUGCAAGAUCAGAAAUGUAGAUUUCUGAAGUUAAAACAUUGCUGUCUCAUUCUUAUUAGAAAAUGUUAUUGAUCUUCAACAGAGUGAAAUCUUUCCUAGAUUAGUUAUGGUCAACUGUAAAAAGGCUAUGUGCAAGUCAACUCACUCACAUUUGAUUAGCUUAGGGACACAAGGAGACAGAUAAAAUGUGAACAACACAUUUUGUGAACAAAUCUGAACUGUGUGUCAGCUGUGAAAAGCAGCAUUGCACAUAUUAAAUAGCACAGCAAGACUGGGAUUCAAAGUGAUUUUCAGUCUCACAAUUCCUAAUACAAUCACACUCCUCCUUUCUUUCUUAGACAUUCAGGGGACCCUGUGCAGUGGUAUUCCUUGAGACACAGUAGGCUAUCACAAGAAGGGGAAAUUGUCAAACAUCUUAUGUGGAUGCAGGAGUGCUGUUUGUGUAGAUUCAAUUCAUGUACUUUAAGUUUAUUUUUGUAGAGCAAGUGGAAUAUAAAUUCCAUAAUAAAUAAUUUAACAACAUAUCUACAAAAGUAAAUAAAUUACUUUUUAAAAAAGCAUAGCAAAGCAAAGAGAAUUCCUCAUUGUUGCAACAUUAAUCUCAUUUACAGAUCUACUUUGAUGGUAAGAUUGUCAACCCAGGCUUCCAGAAAGAUGGCAUUUUUGUCUCCAUGGUUGGUGUCAACAUGGUAGUUGAGAUUCCUGAGCUUGGGGCUGUCAUCACCUUCAGCGGUUUGAUCUUCUCAAUAAAACUUCCAUACAGCAAAUUUGGCAACAACACCGAAGGACAGUGUGGUAAGGGAAAAUAAUGCUUUACUCCCAUGAAAAUCCAUGUUGUUCCAUCAACCAUUGGUUCACUCUUUCGAACCAAUUACCAAUUUAAAGUUAAGUCAGAACCAUGUUUUUCAUUUCAGUUUCACUUUUGUUGUUUUCAAAAAGCACCUUGGUUUCUCUGUUUGACUGCCCCUCCUCCUCAAAAUCUCAUUUAUUUCCCCCCAAAUCCUGGAUGCCAGGUAUCCUGGAUACUGCUGAAAAUUUUGAGAAGGAGAAAACCCAGAAUGGAAUAGCACAACAUUUGCUUCAAAAGAAAGGAGAAUGUUUCUUCAGUCAAUAGCAUGAUUUAAAUUUUAUGUAUUUCAGUGAUUCUAGCAUUGCACUGAAUGCAAAACACUGCGUAGUUUGUUGCAAAUAUAUAAAACUCUCUACCUUCCAUUCUGUUCUGAUUCUGUUUUGUUUUCCCCCAGGUACCUGUACAAAUGACAGAAAAGAUGAAUGUCGCUUACCAACUGGCGAGAUAACCAGUUGUCCCUACAUGGCUCCCCAUUGGAAAGUCGAUGAUGAGAAGAAGAACUACUGCAAAAACAAAACAGUACUUCCUGUCACACCAACACCCGCAGUACCUUGCAAACCUUCCCCUGUUUGCGAUAUAAUUUUGAGCGAGUAAGUUGGAAAAUUGUCCUAAUGUAUGCUUUCCUGCUUAGAUAAUAUAAUAAACGUAUCCUAUGGAAGGAGAAGGGGAAAUAAAGUCUGAUGCACAACUUUCUCAGGGUCAACUCUACUGAAUAGAGUGGGCUGUAGUUCUGAGCCAACAUGCAUAGGAUUUCUCUGUACAAGAGCACAGCUAUAUAAAAGGCCCUUUAGCUCAAGUUCUAGACAGCCCUACCUCUUACUAUAAAGGUCUGCGGGGCGGAGGGUGUCUUAACACAUCUAGCUUCACAUUUCUUCAAGCCUGCAUAUCAAACCCACAAAUUCACUGAAAAAAAUCAAUUUACAGUUAUAAUAGGCUAGCCAUAUUUCAAAAAGUGAAAUACAAUACAAACGUUGUUGACCAAAUCCGAGCUAUAUCCGGGAAAUUCCGGAUGUAUGGCAACCCUAGGUUAUAAUAUUCUUGUUGCUGUUAUUGGAAAUUUGGCUUGUGAAACUUUGUUUGAAAGUUAGUUUGCGACAACCCUUUUUUUUAAAGGCUUCUGGGAGACCUUUGAUGCAAUCAACUCAUUUGCUGUGCAUUUAAAGCAGACUUGUUUUGCACCAUACCACAUCUUUCUUCCAGAAAGCUACAAUUCUGUUGUGAAUAUAACUGAAAUUAGUGAAAGCUGAAUUUCAUGUGCGUGAAAUUCUAUACCAUGAUGAACAUUCAGUCCUGAGAAACCUUUUUUAAAAAAUCCUGUUUUCCAGCUCUUCAAAUCCCAGAAGUGAAAAUAGUCAUAUUCAAAAAUGUAUGUUCAUGUCAAGUGUUUAUGAUAUCUUUUACGGAGUCUUCCCUGAUUAUCAUGUCUUUGUGAUUUUUUUUUUACAGAGUCUUCUCUGAUUGCCAUCAAAUCAUACCUCCAAAGCCCUUCCACCAAGGUUGCUCCUUUGAUUCUUGCCACAUAGUCAAUACCACCAUGCAGUGUUCAGGCUUAGAGAUAUAUGCUUCACUCUGUGCCUCUAAAGGUGUUUGCAUUGACUGGAGAGCGAAGACUAAUGGUUCAUGCCGUAAGUACUGGAGUGUUAAUCAAUCCCACAGUUUCUCCACAAAUUAUACAGCCAUGGGAGCCUUGUUCAUUAAAUACUUUGCAUGUGUCAGUUUUAUUUUUGUAAAUAGAUCCAUCUUAGGGAAUUGUAGUUUAAUGACUAAAAUACAGAAAGAUGAGAGGACAUUCUCAGCCUUUGAGAACCUCUUCAGCUAUACAUUUACUGCGGCUUUAAGAGGGCAGAUGUCCAAAUGAGAUCAAGAGUCUGGGCCCUUCUGGUUCAUUUAAGUAUAGUGUUCUGUCUUUAGGAUCACAGGAAUGUGCCAUCAUGUUCACAGGAAGCAUAUCUAAUAAAAACAAUUAUAUGAAUAGAAGCAGAAUAUAUGGCAACUAAACAUGUUGAAAUGUGGCUAGAAUUUUAGGGUGUUGGUUUCUGUUUGCUUCUUUUUAACAAAGAGACCCUUCCAUGCCAUUAACUACCAGUAAAAGGAGAGAAAGAGUGUGGGGAAAGUCAUACUGUAGCUGCAGUAGCUGUAAAUGUAAAGUGUAUCAAAGUAUGUCUUUAUGUUCACAUUGGUUUAUUUUUCUUACCAUGUUUAGCAUACAGCUGUCCUGAAGGCAAAGUAUAUGACCCAUGUGGCCCUAUCAACCCUCCCACAUGUGAUAAUAGGUAAGGAAAGAAUGGAAUCUCUGUUUAGGUCUGUUUCACUCCAGUUGUUGGAGCCAGUGUUAUGUAGUCAAUAGCAUGCUGGAUUUGAACUCAGUUCAGAGUCAUCACGCUCUUAACAGUGCUGAUGAUUCAAGGCACAGGCUGAAUUUUCACAAUGCAAAAGGGUGCUGUAUGACUGUAACCCAUGCUUUCUUUCUGCAGCAGGGCUAGUCAGCAUAAUGGCACUGGCAUAGUUGAAGGUUGCUUCUGUGCUCCUGGAACCAAGCUCUUCAACUCCUACAAUGAUAUCUGUGUAGAACAAUGUGGUAAGUGUUUUUAUUUCAAGGACAGCAGAGGGUACCAUACUGCAGCAACACUAUAUGGAGUGGAGGGUUCCUCAGCUGCAAUUCAGGUCAGCCUAAUCUAGGUAGCCUCAGCAGGGAGACAGAAGCACCCUUAGAAACCCAAGAGAAAGUGAUUUCCAGAAACAUCAGGGGUAACUCAAUAAGCAGUAAUAAUCACUCAAGAGAAUGCUAUGUGAUCAGUGGUCACCUUGCACGAGUUUCAGAAGGAAAUAGAGUCUUGAUACAAUGAGGAAUUUUCAUGUAUCCUUCAAACAUGACAUCCCUGGCUACUGCAGAUACAACUUUCAUGCCCACAACUUCCAGAGGGAUAGUCAUGUUAGUCUGUUGCAACAAAAAUAGCCGAAGAGUCUUGCAGCAGCUUAAAUAAUUAUAAAUAACAGGCAGGAUUCAACGAAUGAGACAUGCUAGCAGAAGCCUGCGCAAGGUCUUCCACCAAUGCAGCAGGGCAUUCCCUGUUUCUCCUCCCUCCAUGCAACCCUGCAUCUGGCUCUGAAGGAGUCAAGAAAUGCUUGUGCUGACUUAACUAGCACUAUGUUGAACUCCUCCCACAGAGUUGUUUAGUCUUUAAGGCACCACAAGAACUUUUGUUGUUCUUUCUGGUACAGUUCAGUCUCGGCAGCACCUCACAGUCCCAGCACCUUUUCACUGCCCUUUGACCCAGAGAACAAUGUCAGAUGGCGCUGUGGCCUGUUUGCUCAGAUAGCUACAUUUGCUCCAGGACUCUUUAGGAACAGCAGUGCAAAAAAUCUCUGUUAUUACAUUUCUUUCAGGUUGUACUGGACCAGACGGAAUGCCCAAAGAGGUAACUAAAAAUAUGUACUUCAUGAAAUGUGGAUGGGUCACCUCAGAAGGUGUUGGGAGCAGAGGCCAAUUCAGGGCAGCACAACUGGUUCCCCUGUGCUGGGUGCCAAGCCUAGGGGGCGCUACAACUAUGAUGUGGUGAAUUGAGUAGAACAGAAGGUGAGGGGUCUCACCCAGUACAGAGUGCCUCUUUUAAGAUGCAUCUAUGGUCCCCCCCCCCCCGAUUGUACAGUAAUUAUUAUGGCUUUAAUCAGCCGAUUAAUUGGAGGCACCCUUUUUGUAAAAAAAUAAUUGAGUAAGUAAUUAAACUGAUUAUUCAGCUAAGUAUUUACAGCCUUGAUAUAUGUUGAUGGCACUCUUUCUGACAUGAUCUCUGACAAGGCAAAUUUAGGGAUGAUGUAUCUUAUUUUCUUUUAAAUACAAUUUUUAAAAUUAUUUUUUUGCAGCCUGGAGCAAGCUGGAUCAGCAACUGCCGGGAGUGUACUUGUGAAAAAUAUACUCUUAAAGUGCAGUGUACACCAAAGAUAUGUGCAACACCUGUCCCAGAACGCUGUGAAUUUGAAGGCUUUGUGCCUGUCAGUGUCACAACACCUGAAGAUAAAUGCUGUCCUCAGAUGAAAUGUGGUAAGUAUAAUCUCUUGCCUGUUUGAAACAAAUACCGUAUUUUUUGUACCACAACACUCACUUUUUUCCUCCUAGAAAGUAAGGGGAAAUGUCUGUGCGUGUUAUGGAGCGAAUGCCUGCGGGUGGCGGGGGGAAUCUGCUGCAGUCGUGAGCAGAGGAUCCAUGGUUCCCCUUCCUUCCGUCCUCCGUGGUUACAAAGCAUGGAUCCACAUGGAUCAUCAGGAUUUUUGCAUUGGGCUACUCCAAACUCACUGUCAGAUCACAUGACUGUGGCCACAGCAUGAACCACAAAAAUCAUAUAUCCACUAUUUCGUUUAGAAUAUUUUUUUUUCUUGUUUUCCUCCUCUAAAAACUACGUGCGUGUUAUGGUCUGGUGCGUGUUAUAGAGCGAAAAAUACGGUAUAUCAUGCUUCAAACCGGUGCUGCAUGAGCGGAAGACAGCUCACACGACCGAUCUUCCCCUUCCCUUCCUUUCUACCUCCUGCAUCCUCCUAAAAAGCCUUUUUCCAGGGCUGAUGGUGGGGGGACUGCUAAAUACUAUGGGCAAUGUUAUCUGAGUGAGAGGGUGGAAAUGCCCAGAAUCAGUUGGAGAAAUCUUGUACCAAUGUUAGUUUUCUCUGCCCAUUUUUGGGUGAUUCUUUCCUCCUACUGAAACUGCAAAUGACAUAAUCUUCUUUAUACAUACAUACAUACAUACAUACAUACAUACAUACCCUGUCCUUUCCCCUGGUGAGUUUCAAGGUGACUACCCCACAUAUCCCAUGCUGUCUAGUAGAAGAGGCUAUCACUUCUCAGCCUGUUGGCUUAAGAGGCUUGUGUGGGUACGGGGGAUUGAAGAGGGAAGAGGCAAAAGGGAAAGGUCCAUUAUGCUUAAUUUCCUUCUGCUUCUGCAAUAUCGGAUGCAAUCCAUUGUGAAUAGCUCAAAGCAACCACUUCCAAAUGGGUACCUUUUCCACUUAGGUAAAUUCCCAUUAGUUACACCACAGGAGGUCUUACAAUUGGACUGAAGCCCUGUGCCACAAAUCAUGUGGCAUAGUGGUUAAUCUAUUCAUACGACAUGAGUGCUGGUGGGCAGAGUUGGGCAACCUGUGGCCCUCCAGCUGUUAUUAGACUGCAUCUCCAUUGGCCACAGGGGCUAGGGGUUGGAGCCUGAAAACAUCCUGUAGAGAUUCACACCUCUUCUUCAGACAUUCUUGUUCUUGUUAUAAUGGAAGCAGAUGUUUCUCUGGACAUAACUGGAGUGUUGAAAAAUGUCCUGUAUGUUCUUGUUAUAAUGAAAAUAUCCUGACAUUCUUUUAUGGCUUUUUCUUUUUUUGUGUGUGUCUUAUAUAGUAUGCAACACUAGUUACUGUCCUGAAUCCGUUGAGACCUGUCCAGUAGGAUAUGAAUUAAAACAACAAAAGCUGCCAGGAGAUUGCUGCAUUAAAGCCACUUGUGGUAAGAACUGAAACAUGACAUUUCUCAGGAGUAUUUGAAACUUCUCUCCCCUCCCCCUUCCCUCUCUCUUCCUCUCUCUCUACAACUCCCCACCCUCCAGAUGAGUCAUAUUCCAUCCCCACCUCCCAUGCUAUGAGCUGGCAUUCCAGUGGCCAUUUUGCCUCUUCAACUGUUUUUAUUUCCUGUUGCAAGAAUCCUGAAAUUGUUCUGAAGAAGCAAAUACUUAAUUUGUUAUAUAUCUCAUAUCUGCUGAGAAGCUGGUCAAUUAAGCUGCUGCUGGCAAGUCCCAGUUUUGUUGGGGCUUCUUUUGCAAUAGGGGUAUUUUGUAAGAUUUUCUUUUGGGAGAGGAUAUUUUGUAACACAUGCACACACAUUUCUGCAAACCUGCAUAAGGUAGGGUUUGCAGAACCUCAAGCUGAAUCCUUACUGCUUGUGUACUUGAUCCUGGCAUGGUUACUAGGAGUAGACAUUAGGGUGGAUCCAUCCACUUCCUGCCCACAUCACUUUCACAUGUGUGUACCCAUAAACCCAUACCAUCCCAUUUCCAUGCUGACCUGCAUUUUCAGAUGAAAUCACCAUGAAUGUUCAAAUUUAAAUACCUGUUUACAUUUACUAAACAAAUUUUCUCCCAAACCAUAUAUUAUUUAGGAUAUAUAUUUCUCUCAAAAUAUGUAUUUAAAUGUAUCUUUUGAAAUAUUCAAAUUACUGAGAACUGCAUUGUGGCUUUCAGUGAAGUUUGAAAUCUGGUGGAUAGUUAAAUUCUGAUCUGUGCAUUAGUAUGAGUGGUGCACAUCAGGUUAGUUUGUAUUGGACUUCCUAAAAGACUGAAUUCCUCAAACAACUCUACUGGAAGAACCCAUUGCACACUCAUCAAGAAACCAUUUGAAUCACAGCUACAUUGGUACUUCCUUGUUUGCCUUCAAAGGUUCUGGACACACUAUAUAUCCUGGUAACAUUAGUUUACCUCUCACAGAGCUACAAUUCCCAGAAUCCUUGGCAAAUUACCAUUUCCAGAAUUAUUUGAGCCUGUGGCUGAGAAUGUGUUUUACAUGCAUUUAAAAUGCAUACUCUGUAGCAUACACAGCAAUAUUCCAUUCUUAUCACUGAAAAGAAAAUUUUAAGAUUCAUUCCAUUGCACCUUUCUGUUUUACAGUGAAAAUACCCGGCUGUAUUGACAAAGACGUAUUCUACAAAGUAAGUACAUUUUAUAAUAAUGAAUGCUAGAAGCAAUAAUUUGUUUGUUUGUUUGGUAAAUGUAUAAAUCACUUGCUCACAAAAACAGUCCACGUCUGCAUAAAGCAAAACUAGAUUACACAAACCAAUAAAAAAAGAAAUAUACAUAAAGCAUUAUUUUAAAAAUAAAAUAAAAUUAUUUAUUAAGAAAAUGAUCUGCACAAAAAUGACUGAUGCCAUAGGCACUGUGGGCCCCCUCGGUGUCUUUUUGUUGUUGAGGGGGCCGGGCCCCCAUAUUGGUGGAGUUGGGCAUGAAACAAUGUCGGCAUGUUGUGUGAUGUUGUGCUCGCAAUAUCAGGACAUUGCAUCUUUGCCCUCAACGUGCUUCAGAAGAUGGUGCCUCUGAUUGCUGCGGAUUAAUAGUGAGUGUGUUUAGCCCUCCAUGAAAAGCUUUUAGAAGUUAUGAUGUUACUGGAAAAACCCUGCAUAUCUUCCUUUGAUUCAAACUAUGAAUUAUAAGCUUUCGCAGUAGAAAUACUUUAGCAUCCAAGAGAAUUCUCAGUGUAUCCUGCAUUAAGGUGCAGAAUCCCCCCCCCUUAAAUAAGUUGCCUAUCAGUUCAGAUCAAAAGGAAGGGACUAGAAACCCUACAUUUCUUUUUCAUCCCAGAUUAACAAUUCCAAAUCCAGUCCACAACCCAUAGAUAAAUAUACCCCUUUCAUGGAAACAUUUAUGCAUCCCGGUAGAAAGAAAAAACCACCUUGGUUCAUAAGUUGAAAAGGGGCCUGCUGGUUGCUGGGGUUCUUUCAAAGAAUCCUGAGCUAGAUGAAGCAAGACAAUCCACACAUUUUCAAGCAUUCUUAGAAUUAAAUGAUCUUGUAAAUGAGUAUAUACUUAAGAUUAAAUGAAGAAGCUGCAUCCAAUUGGUGAUCCUUCACUGACAGAAAGCUCUAUGAUCCAGUGGGUGCGUCUGUCAGCAGAACAGAAAGAAAAGCAAAUUACAGUUUUUACCCCUCCUAGUGUGUCACUUGCCCCCCUCCCAAGCCCCAAAUAUGCUUCAGAGUGUUGGGGAACCCCAGAGAACAACAUGGCAGGUGGUGCAGGAAGCUAUAGCAGGAGAGAGAAUCACUGAAUCACUUCCGUGCUCAUGACACUUAUGGAAGCCUAUGCUGGGUCAAUGGGCUUUCUGUUGGUGGAGGAAGACCAGUUGCAUACAUUUGUGAUAUUUCUGAUUUAUGAAAACAGUUUAGAAUUAUUUAGGACCAUUUCUCCUCUGCCCUUCUUUAGCCUGGAGCAGUUGUUCCAAGAGGCCUCUGUGAAACGUGCAGAUGUUCUGUUGAGCAAGAUCCAGAAAGCCAAAUAAACACGGUGGAAUGUGUGUCACAAGCAUGUGACAAAAACUGCCCAGUGGUAAGUUAGUGUUACAAACUGUUUUUGUAAAUUGCCAGCUUUUCAGGAAUUUAUCUGCAAACCUAGCUAUUUCACCUCCUUGAUCUUAUGAAUCUCUUUCCAUAUUUUCUCAAAUACAGGCCCAAGAAUACAAGGAAAUCCCUGGACAAUGCUGUGGUAAAUGCUCAGCGGUAGCAUGUGUUAUAAAAGAGGGAUCCAGUGUUCAGGUUAUCAAGGUAGCUGAUGUUUUAUGAAUACCCAUACAUGCAAUCUCAUGUUCUGUCAUACUUGUGUUUCUCAUGCUUGGAGUGGAAGCUUACUAGAGGCCAUGAAUGAUAUUAACUGAAGCAAUAAUGAAUAGAUCUGCAUUUAAAUUCCCAUAGUUAUCUUUUCCUACCAUUGCCUUUUUCUGCUCCAUUGGAUGUUUUGAGUGCAAAUCUUUAGUAUAAAUCUUUUUGGCUUGUGAAACUUUGUGCUAUAUAAAAAUAGUAAAAAGGGAGAAAAAAGAAGCUGCCCUAUCAGAUGGUUGGCCCAUAUAGCCAAUGUUGCGUUGACUCCCCACAUUCUGUGAAGGAGAUACCAAUGCCUUAUUUUAAUUUGAAGUGUAGUUUUUAUUGUAGCUUUAUUAAUGAAUAUAGCCUAGUGUUGCCUAGUCUGAUUAGAAAGGACUCUCCUAAAUCUUAGACUUGCAACUUGAAAUCCCUGAGAGGUGCCAGCAAUAGAACCUGGAGCCUUCUACUGCCUUCUACUGAGUCUGACCAUUGGUCUGUCUAGCUCAGAACUGUCUAAACUCACUGGCUCUCCAGAAUUUCUUUUCCUUUUUCGGUACCACUCAGCCUAUGUUCUCUCCCAACCUUCUUAAGGGGAAAACCCCCAAAUUUUCAAGCAGGGCUCUCCCUCAGCCCUACUUGGAGAUGCAUGGGAUUGAGUCUGUGGCUGAAGCUCUGCCACUGACCUACCACCCUCCCCAUAAAGUGUGGGAAGCAUGUGGUCAUCCACCACUUGAACCCAUCCCACUCCAGAGAGAAUGCUUGAAAGUAAGAUGCCACAUGUGACCAAGCUAUGCCUUCAGAUAUUUGAUCACACAAUCUGUUUCUCUUGACAGAACGCAGUCAUGAGUAUCUGGGGGCAGAAUUCUGACUCCACGUGCCUGAGCUAAAGGGUUUAUAUAUGGUCAAAUCCUUGUGUCAGGGAGGCCAAUGAAGUCACAUUUAGCAAAGUGAUGCCAAACUGUUUCACAGUGCAGUUUGUCAUGAAGAUAGGCAUGGAGAGAGAGAGAAUGUGUGUAUUUGUGCAUUUGAGACAACCAGAGACCAUGAAGCAAUGAAAGAAGGCACUCAAUUGUAUCAACAAAUCCACAUGGGGUUUCUUCCUUCCUUCAUCUGUGUAAUAUGCACAAUGAUGAAAACAGAUGGCAAAAGCAGAGGACAUGUUGUGUUAGAGUUUGACUCAGUAGAGCUGAGUGGAGGCAAGCAAACCUAGCUGUGAAUAUGAAAGCUAUAUUCUUUCCCACAUAGUUUUCAUAAUGACCUUUCCUUAUUAUAGUAAAUUUAUCAUAAAUUUCCUUUGCUUUUUUACCCUAUCUGUAUUAUCUUAGUGAUACAAUCAAAGCCCUUUGAAGGACAUAAAAAUCACGUGUCAGCUUCUAAUAACAUAACUAUAACUCUGACUUUUUUCAGCCUGGGGAGAUUUGGCAUCAUCCAGGAAACAACUGCACAACUUAUGAAUGUGAAUUGGUUGAGGACCAGUAUAUUCCUGUCCCUACCAAAAGACCCUGCGCUCCACUUAACUGCCCACCUGUAAGUUUACCAAUAGGAUCAAAAGUCUUUGUGUCUGUUAGAUUAUCUACUCAGUGAGAUCAGGGUUUAUCUAAGAAAGCUGGAUGAGGGUAUGUUUUUUUAAAAAAAUGCAUAAAUCAUAUGGGUUUGUUUAGGUAUUUUGGAAUUAUUAUGAUAGGCAAGGGUCCUAAACCAAGCCUAAAUUAACAGAGUCAGACUUGGGCCCUUAUCAAGUUCCUGUUCAUAUAUCUCUUCAGUUCCCUACUUUAUUUAAUGCAAUCUGAUAAGUGUGAUUCACUAGAUGCUGUAAAUGCUAAAUGAAAUGCUCGUGUAGUUAUAUAAUUGUUGUUUAGGGCUGUAUAAAUAGUCUAAUUUUGGUCCAUGUCAGUUUCAUAUGUAUUCUUUAAUAAGUGUUUCAUCCUGAUUCUGUAUCAAGUGGAUUAUUAUUGUGGGGAGGGAAUUUUUUAAAAAGUGGAUUAUUAUUAUUGUUGUUAUCAUUAUCAUCAUUAUUAAACACAUGUAAAUAUGCAUUUUCCCCACAAAAUAUUGUAUACAUUUCCCCUUAAAAUACAUACUUUUGUAUGCAUUUCAUAAAAAAUAUUAAUUUUCAAUGAUACCAUAAUACAAUAAUAAAACAAAACUAAAGGAACAUAGACAGACUAAGGAUAGUAAAUAAGAUGAAGCAAAAUACCAAGCAGGAGAGAGUAGGAGCAUUACUACACAGAAUUGUAUAAUAGUUGGCAAUGCUGUGUACAGUAAGAAAUUUAAGGUAUAACUUCUAAUAAACAGGUGAUGAAUUAUUCAUUGAGAGAUUAGUUUACCCCAAAUGUGCACAUAAACAUUUUUGUACAUAUUCUAACCUGAAAUAUACAUUUUACAUGGUCUUUAAGUGCAGAAAUGCAUCACAAUUCAGAAAACUGCAAAAAAAGAAUGCUAUCUGUGUUCUAAUCUUUGCAUUAGUGCUUAAAAAUGCAGCCCAGUAAAAAUCUUCAAGCAUCCCAAUUACAGUGCUUAAAAUUAAUAGAAGGUAUUAACUGUAUUGUGGGAGACAAUGUGCUUUGGGGUCUAUGGGCCCAAAUAUUGUUUACCUGCCUUUGUGCACACUUUUCCAGGGAGUCCUGGCAAUGGUGAAGGUCUCUCAUGGCCACAAAGAAACUGCAUUUGUUCAGAGAAUAAUAAUCGUUUAGGUUAUCUGUAAAUUCAUCUAACCCAUUUUGGUUUUUCAGGAGAAUGUGAGACUGAGUGAAGAUGGCUGCUGCAAGGUGUGCGGACCUCCACGUAAGUUAUGACAAAAUUGUUAAAAUAAGCCUGCACACACACAAAAAAACCCCCACAAUGUAUGAGAGCAGGGGGUGGGCAAUCUGUGGCACUAGCUGUGCACAUCCUUAUUUUCAUGUGGUCCAUAACUUAAUUUCACAUGGGUGGCAAGGAGGAGAAAAAUAGGGGAAAGGGUUUAAGGGAGAGAGAGAGAAUGAAAAGUGUGUUAGAAAGAGAGGGAAAGCUGUGCCCCUCCCUUACCUUUGUCUCAAGCCCUACCCGCUUUUGACUCUGGCCCACUACCACCAAUAUGUAGUUCCAACAGAUUAUGCUUGAGGGGAAAAGGCCCUCUACAAAAAGUUCCACACCCCUGCAGUAGACUGUGCUUUUGCCUAUAUUUGCUACGGUCAGGCAGGAAGUGAGCCAAUAAAUUAUCUGUGCAGAGAGAAAGUGCUAAGAUUUUCCUCUGCACCUUUGCAGCAUAGGUGUGAACAUCGAGACUAGUACUGUGGAGCGAGAAGUCUUUGUGGUCAAAUGUAUAGCACAGGCUUCUUUGUCAAAACAUGCUAGUGGCAUUAGGCUAGAUCAGUACAGGAGUUUAUCAUGUUCUUUCCUCCCAUCCUGACAUUCCAGUGCAUCAAGAAGUGGGUUCUUAUUAUGAUGGACCUACCCAGUGCUAUUUUUCUAGAAAAAGAGGUGCCAGAACUCAGCCUGAAUGCCUCCCUUGUUCUCUUAUAAUGGCAAUGGUGCCCACCUGAGAGGUGCGAGAACUGAGUUCCAGUGAGUUCUGGCUAGAAAAAAAGCCCUGGACCUACAAUUCAUUUUUCCUUGCCAGUUUCGACAGUUUGCACAUGUGCACUCACACACCACCUUACCCUACUCAGUCUUCUGUUAGGCAGUAUUUGUGGGCACACAGUUAUGAUGGUUUUUGUUUUUGGUUGUUCUCCCCUCUCACAGCGGGAGAUUGUAUUCCAAAGAACAUCACAAGUCUCAUCAGACAUAAUGGAUGUGAAGCUACUGAACCUGUCGAAUUACGGUACUGCGAAGGCCACUGUGGCAGUUCUUCAAUGUAAGUAGAAAAGUGGGCAUUGCUGCCUCCCCCGGGGAACUCUAAAACUCUAAAACCCAAUAAAUAGUCCAGGGGUCAUUCAGUUGAAGUCCAGGUUAGCAAGACAUGGAAAAUUGUGCUGGGAAGCAGAACACUUCAUUUUUGAGCUCAAUUAUGUACUCAUUUGACAGGUGACAUCAGGCAAUUCACUUUCUUGUCAAAACAACAACAACAACAACAACAAAAACUACUGUAAAUACUAUCUGGAUAGACCUAGAGAACUAUAUAGAAUCUUUGGAAUCACUAUAUCCUACUGCAGUGUUUAUCAUUGCAGGGGAUUUUAACGCACAUAUGGGACUAAACGAUGUAAAUUUGUACACCCAUUACAAUCAGAUUCUGGAACCAGAUAUUUUCUUAGCCAGAGGUACCUCCCGUCUGUCUAAAGAUCAUAGAUGUAAUUAUUCAGAGCUUUGAUUAGCCCAUGUUGUAAGGCAGAGGGACUUGUUAAUAUUAAAUGAUAUGAUAGAGGGAGAUUGGCCCAGGAAAUAUACCCACUUUUCAAAGCAUGGAGGCAGUGUGAUAGAUUAUAUUGUGAUCUUACCAUUUGUAUAUAAGUUUGUUGUGGAGUUUGAGGUGGGCCAUUAUAUUGAGAGUGAUUGUUUACUCAAACAAUGGUACUUGUAGGCCCAGUAUUAAAAAAUUCUUCCCCAAAAACUCAAUUUAUCUCUAAUGCAAACUUAGGUGUGACAGCAGGCAAUAGAAUUAAGUGGACACCAGUACUCAAUCUAUUCUAAAUGAACCAUGUCAGACUGAUUGUUUCCAAUACAAACAAAAGCAGAAUGAUGGCACUGCGGGUUGGUGUGAGUGGUGGACUUGAUUCUGCAGCAGCUAAAGCCUUCUUUGUUUUCUCUUAGAUACUCUUCUGAGGCUAACACAUUGGAUCACACAUGUGCAUGCUGUAAGGAAAGCAAAACCAGCAAGAGGCAAGUGACACUGAUGUGCCCUGAUCGCUCCACCAUUGAAUAUUCAUACAUCCAUGUUGACUCAUGUGAGUGUAUGAGCAAUCAAUGUGAUGUGAAGCCCAGCCCAACACCAGGAGAGCAAGAACAGCAGCAGCAGCAGGAAGAACAGCAGCAACAGCAGCAGCAGGAAGAGCAGCAGCAGCAACAACAACAAGAAGAAGAACAGCAGCUUGGCCAGAAAUAA